AUGAAGAUCUUCGACUUUGCCGCACACCACAGAGCUUUAAAAGAAAACCCAAACUACGCAAUCAACGCCAAAAUCUUGCAGCGUGCUGAGUGGCGUCAUGGUGGAUCAGGACACAUCUUGACUGACAAAGACUCCGACGAGCCGUUCGUAGGCAUAGCCGUCAUGCACAUAGUUGACUUUCGACUGCAAUGCUCACCCAUAGGGUCCUUCCUGGGAUCUAAGUACGGAGGAAUGGAGAAAGCAAAGUACCAAUUCAUAGGGGGACGAACACAUGGCAAAGACGGUUUCGAUGAAGAUUUCGCCCGAACGCAUGCUCUGUUAAAUAACAUCCAAAAUGCUAUAGCAGUGUCUCAUAACAAGAAAGACAUGCUAUUAGACGAGCAGAGCAUCAGAUUUGCACGAAACAUAUUUGAAAAAAGGGUGAGCUUGACAAAUUCGACUGUAAGACUGUUCAAAGCUUACCUGUACAACCAUAAGGAACACGCUGUUCCCGAUUCCCCUACAGCCAGUCGACGCACUGUGUAUCUGGAGGACUUGGAAAAUCCCCAUGGCUCACAUACCGUCGGCACGGGAGAAGAGCUAAAGAUGGAUGAUGAAACCGCAAACUGGCCUGUCGACUCACAGUAUAGUGAUGACCUGGCCACUAUCAAAGCUUUCUACAAAGCCGUGCCACUACGUGUCUAUGAUGAAAACAACAAGUUCGUCAAGCCUGAAAAUGUUAACAAGGCACUCUGCAAUGCAAUUGCUGAGAUCCACUUCACACUGCACCACUUAUACCUCCCAAAAAAUCUGCCACCACAAGAUUCGUUCCGCGCAAACAUUGAGCAGAUCUUGAUAUUGCAGCGGGGGAAAACGACUACGAGCAUCUACACGUCAGAUCCUCGUGCCGGUCCUGCCAGUACAACAAAGGCUACUCACCAUACGCCGCCGCCAACAGAAGCUCCUCCAUCCAAGAGACUCCAUACAGAGGAACAGACAGUCACCAAGGGAAAAGAGAAGGAACACGACUGA